CCAAGCCGUUUAGCAAAAGGGAACGUAUUUUUACACCUAUAUUUAGCUGACACGUGACAUAAACAAGAUAGACAACGAACAUAAAACAUGUUGAUAAAAUUAUAUAAUCAGUUCUGUUUGAUACAUUGACGAAGACAAGACAUGGAACAAAAACUAUUAACUCUUUUAUCGAUUGUUAGCAUAGUUCUCCAGGAUGGUAGUUAUGCAGACUUUCCAUUUAACAAUCCUUCAUUACCAUGGGAUCAAAGAGUUGAUGAUUUAGUAGGAAGGCUGACUCUUGAUGAAAUUAAAUUACAGAUGAGUAAAGGUGGGGCUGGUCCAAUAGCAGGCCCUGCCCCAGCCAUUCCACGUCUUGGGAUUGGGCCAUAUUCAUGGAAUACAGAGUGUCUUAGAGGAGACGUUUCGUCUGGAAAUGCCACAGCGUUUCCCCAAGCCAUUGGACUUGCUGCUUCCUUCAGUAAAGAUCUGAUCUAUCGUGUUGCUGAAGCUACAGGUAUAGAAGUUAGAGCUAAAUAUAAUGAUUAUAGUAAAAAUAAGAUAUAUGGUGAUCAUAAAGGUGUUAGUUGUUUUAGUCCUGUUAUAAAUAUAGUCAGAGAUCCCAGAUGGGGUCGAACACAGGAAACUUAUGGAGAAGAUCCUUAUUUAAGUGGUGUAUUAGCUUCAUAUUUUGUAAAAGGUUUACAGGGAAAUGAUACAAGAUAUAUCAGAGCUAAUGCUGGAUGUAAACAUUUUGAUGUUCAUGGAGGUCCUGAAAAUAUUCCUGUAUCAAGAUUUUCUUUUAAUGCUCAGGUAUCAGAAAGAGACUGGAGGACGACAUUUUUACCCCAGUUUAAAGCUUGUGUAGAUGCUGGUACAUAUAGUUUAAUGUGCAGUUUUAAUAGUAUCAAUGGGAUACCAGCAUGUGCUAACAAGAAACUAUUGACAGAUAUAUUAAGAAAUGAGUGGAAUUUUACUGGCUAUGUUGUAAGUGAUCAGAAUGGUAUAGAGAGAAUUAUGACUGAACACCAUUAUCUAAAUAAUAGUGUUGAUACAGUUGCUGCUGCUGUUAAUGCUGGGUGUAGUUUAGAAAUUUCAGGCAAUAAUCCACAUCCAAGUUAUCUAUACAUGAGUGAGUAUGAUACGGCUAUUAUCUUAUAUAUAAAUAUACUAUAUUUACCACUGGACGGGCGCAAGUGCCUACAGUUAUGA